UGAUUAAUAUUUAAUUCGUCCUCUUUAAUGUUUGAUUACUAUUAACCGCUCGCGCGCGUUCGCCUAGAAACACUUAUAGGUUAAGAAUUUUAUCGAAACCGUAUUGUGUCACCAGUGCCAACGCCGUAAAUUAGACCGGGCACCCGCUCUUGAAUUUCGUUCAAUCAAUUUGGACGCGAUGCCCGCGUGUCUAGCAUCGUGCUUAAUAAACCGGUUGGCCAUGCCGAUGAUUUAAGCGAGCCGGCAAGUCGCUACAAGCUCAGAUUCGCUCGAACGUUACGACAGUUCAAGGCCUUUAAUUUUUUUUUUUUAAAGUUCGCGGCGGAAGCUUCCGGCUCUCGAUUUUGCGGCGACAUGCAAAUAGCCCCCCACGUAUUCGUCAGGUGAAGAUCCAGAUUCGGAAAUGGACCACAGAGUGUACACGAGUGAUCUUUCGUACCCGAAAGAAGGGAAGAAGUGCCUGAUUUAUAGAAUUUUCGGGCAAGUACCGGCUAGGCUGGUACUAUACCUGCUGUCAUGGUCCGGGUUCCUCGUGUCGUUCAUGAUGAGGAACGACAUCAACAUGGCCAUCGUCGCAAUGGUGGAGGAACCGCCCAAGGUCGACACCAACCUCACCCACGAGUACUGUUUCGUCAUUGAAGAAGUCAGCAACAACACGGCUCCUGUGGACUACGGAGGCACCCUUCAAUGGUCGGGCAGCAUCCAGAGCUACGUGCUCGCCUCCUUCUACUGGGCUUACAUCGUAUCCCAGGUGGUGGGCGGUCUGGCCACCCAGAAACUGGGCACCAAACGGGUAUUCGGCUACGCUCAGCUGGCCACCGCUUCCUGCAGCCUCUGUAUUCCCUGGGCCGCCGAGACCCAUUACGGGCUCGUCAUUGCCUUGAGGUUCGUCCAAGGAUUCGCGUCGGGUCUUACUUGGCCUGCCAUGUACGCUUUAGUGGGCCACUGGAUACCAGUGCCGGAACGCAGCCGAUUCAUGUCUAGUUUCCAAGGUUUUAGUAUAGGUAUAGGCAUCACGUAUCCUCUGUGCGGCUUCCUGAUCGCCCACCUCGGUUGGCAGUCGGUGUUCUACACCACCGGCUCCAUAGGCGUCAUCUGGUGCGUCAUAUGGUACCUGCUGGCGUUCGAUAGCCCCGAGACCCACCCCAGGAUCAGUUUGCGCGAGCAACAGUACAUCAGGGAGAAUACCGUCAACACGUACGAGAAUUCGAGGCAACAGGCGGUCCCGUGGAAGUCUAUUUUGAUGUCCAUGCCCGCGUGGUCCAUCGGUAUCACCACGUUCGGCCGCAUUUGGGUCCAUUACACGUUUAUCAUCUCUGGACCGACGUAUAUGAAGAAAAUCCUGGGCUUUAGCAUCGAAAAGAAUGGGUUGUUAUCAGGCGCCCCGUUCGUCUGUAGCUACGUGGCGUCUGUGUUUUUCUGUUACAUUGCCGAUAAGCUGGUCACCAAAGAGUACUUAUCGUUGACCAACGUCCGAAAGCUGAUGACCGCCUUGUCCCAAGUGGUACCAGGAGUGUUGGUGCUGCUGAUCAGUUACCUGGGUUGCGACGUCGAGCUGGUACUCGUCGUGUGGUUCACCGCAGUCACCCUAAUCACGGCAUCCUACGCUGGCGCGAUGGCCAACGUGGUCGACAUAGCUCCCAAUUUUGCCGGACCAGUAUUAGCGUUUGCUCAAACCAUUCAUAUGUCGGCGAGUUUUCUGAGCCCGCUCGCCAAUUUCCAGAUGCUCGACGAACAGGAUCACCUCAUGUCCUCGUGGCGGAUGGUGUUCUACGUGUCCUGCUUUGUCGCCUGCAUUACUUACGUAUUUUUCCAGAUAUGGGGCACCGGAGAGAUCCAACCUUGGAACUACGCGCCCGGCCAAGUAGUGGACCUCAAAGAGGAGGAGGAGCUGAUCGCUGGCGAGAAGGACGCCGCCAAAAAUGGCGGCAAUCCCGGCGGCGGCGGCGACGCUAGCGCCAGUAGCGUGGCUUAACUUAAGGCCCUUUUACUUUAAUGCCAGAGUAACUAUAUAUAUCUAUAUAUUGUGUAUACAUUUCCAGAUAUGGUAUUUUUAUAUAGUCGAAGACGCUGACCGUUUAAUGGCCGUCUUGUGAUAUGAAAAUCGCGGGGGUUCGAAUCAAAAUUUAUUUUACCGCGUUAGGGCGUGUCAAAAUAUAUACUUAAGCUAAGUUUUGUUGUUCAUAUGUCGGCUAGUUCCGCGAUAAAGGUAUUUUAUUCGAUUCCUAACUUAUAUGUAAUACGUUGCCAAGUUGUUUACCGUUAGGAAACUUGUUCCCGAAAAUUCCGCGCGUUCACUGCAUUUCCGCGGGUUAGUUUUCGGUGGUUAAAUGGACGUCGCACAGCCAAAAUAGGUACUUCACAGCGACAGAAAUAUUUCAUUAUUUGACUUAUAAUUUAUAUGCAAAGCAUAUUACACUACAAGAUUGACCCACCGAUUCCUAACUUCAAUAUGAUAUUCAUACAUAAAAUUAUAAAAAUAAAAACGCAUUGUGAAAAUGUCUUCUUCUACUUCUUUCAAUAUGGUUCCCCAUAUGGUAGGUUAUGGUGUGUUUGUCAAAGUAAAACCUCUUUUGCUGAGGAUGUUUAGCAUUCUUUUUACAUACUCGGCUGUCUUCCUCUGAAACUUAUUCUUUUUCUUUUUGGUAUUCUGUAUCCUAUUCAACGUUGCCAUGCUGACUCCAAUCCAUUGCAUAAUGAGUUGGAGCAUCUGAUAUUUGGUGUUUCGUAGAAUAUUCCCGUACAACUACAAUUUCCUAUAUAUAUGAUAUUCGCUUGUUUGUCAGUUUAAAAUUUCUAUGUUUUGGACUCUGUCAAUCUUUAAGAUUCGCAGAGUACGUCUAGUGACCCGCAUUUUGAAGUCUUCAAGUUUUCUCUGCACAUGGUGGUUCCAUACAUGAGCACACUGAAGAAAUCUAAGAAUCUAAAAAUAGAGGGAUAGGUCUAAAUCACGGUUACACAGGGCUCUUUUCAUUUUGGCACCCCGAUCUAGUUCUAUUAAUGACAUUAUUUCUUGUGUAUUGUAUUGAAUACGCUCUAUGAGUUUUCCACUAUAUUCUAGUCGCUUGCUUACUACCAGCCACCUUUCGUUCUUCAUGUUUAUCUUAAGUCUAUCUCUCUACUCUUGUCUGCUAUGCAGUUUUGAAAGAUCUGCAAGUCUCCUAGCGUAUGCGAGAGGAGUACAGUGUCAUCUGCGCAUCUAAAAUUGUUGAUUACUGUACCAACUGGUACUGUUCUUUGCCAUUUAUGGCAAUCUGUCGUCGUUCGUUCUGUUUACUUAUGUCUUCCACAAUUUUCUUAUUCUAACUUAUUUCGUCGCAGAUUCCACUUUGUUCUCUAACAUCUUCUUUUCUCUCUCUAACACUGGUGCCAAUGAUUUCAUUUCUACUGUACCCAUCAUUACCCUGAGCUUUGUGAUAUCUGAUCUGGUCUCUGCUGCAUUGAUUCUUAUAGGUCUACCUGCUCUUUUAUAUUGCUUUCCGUGUUUAGACAUUGGUUAAGGUUGGCAUCCGGAAAGACGAGAAGCUUUUGUCUAUUUCUUCAAGUAACACUUUUGUAAAUAUUUUAAGUAUGGUAUUUAGUAGUGUGGUGAGUUUUUUUACUUUUUUUUAAAUAUGGGUAUUGAUGAGUGCCGCUUACCUUUCGUUUGUUAUCCAAUUGGGCCGUGAGCUUUUGCAUUUUUUGAUGGACGUUAAAAUAUUUCUUAUUACUUCCUUGUUUACGUGUUAUUUCCCGUCUAAAAGUGUUUGUUCCUUCUCUUCUUGUGCAAUAUCUGGAUUUUCAAAAUUUCUUUUCCGCUCUUCUUUCAUAAUUUUUUUUAAAAUAAUUUACGAUUCGCAUUUUGGUGUUUACUUUAUUCCGUUCUGCUAUGUAAAAGCCCUAGUUUACUUGAUUGGCGUUCAGGCAGUAUGUUGUGUGCUUUUUGUUUUUGUUGCAAGAGAUCUUUAACGUCACGAGUGAACUUCCGAAAAUUCGACUUUUAAAGAGUCUAUACUUGCCAGCGAAUUAGUGAAAAUACUCUUAAAAGCCAGGCCGAGAGUUGAAACUUGAUUUGAGAAUAAAACUUGGAGGUGUGGAAUUCUUCAAACAUGCUCAUAGCGUCUUAAUUCUAAAGAAAAACAACCAAACACCCAAGCAAAAGAUAAAACAAUGAAAAAAAUAGAUUUAUUUUACAUUUUUGGGGUAGGGUAAAGGAAAAGAUAUAUUGGUGGUAUAGUAAGUAAGUACUAAGUAGUCUAUCGAAAAUUUCUCAACUUAUCACAAAAUUGACGAGAGUUAUGUAGCCGUCUUUAGUGUAAUUUCUACCAGAAGCUUGAGAGCUUCUUCUGGAAUUGAGAGUUCCAUGGCAAGUUUAGUCAUCAUGAACCUGCUUCAUUUUUCCUGUUUUUUGGUUCUUUUUGCAGCCUUUUAUUAAAUUGGAUUCAAUAAUUCAAUUUGUUUCAGAACAAAUUCAAAACAAUAGGUUAUCACAAAAUCAUUUUUUGGUCAUCCCUGUUUCGAUGUUGUUGGCGCACACACGUUGCGAUAUAAGUAUGGAAUGUGUACGUCUCCUUCAAUCCAAAAAGUACAAUUUUUCACGAACCUUUCUUCAAUCUGAUGGCUGUGUCCCCAUCUUGUUAUUUAGACACUUUUACCGCGUCACUAGAGAGUUUAUCUACUAUACUAAACAUGUCCUUCUUACCAACCUAAUGUUCUGUGUACGAGGAACAUUAUUUGGUCUUUAAAACUAUAAACAGUUCAACAAUAAGUGCAUAUAUAUUUUAAAAGGAUAAUGUUACAUAAUUUUUGUUCUGUUUAUUAUCCAAAGAUUAAACUAACCAAAAAAAGUGGUACUAACUUUUUUGCAAUUCUUACCUACAAACUUUUAACAAGUCAUAUAUUCCAAAUUCGGUUUGAAACCUAGCUUAGCAAUCGCAAAGACAGUUGAUUGCUCAAAAUAAAUUAGUGAUAAUUAUAUAAAUUUCAAAUCUUGCAAAUACGAAUUAUAACUGUCAAAUAUUCGGACGUGACUUCUUUACUUUUUGGCUACGUCUGGUAACGUGACUAGGUUAGCAAGAUAUGUAUGCAGUUUUACGAUUACUGAUAAUAGUAAUGCAAAAUUCUUUUUGUGCGUGAUUUCAAUCCAAGGAAUAUAGUUUGGGCGCUCUAAGGUACCUAUUUUGCGUCGUCGUGGAAAAGAAGAUUAUCUAAAAAUGACAAUCGAAAAUGACACUUAUUGAACGAAUCUCGCAGCGGUAUAGUAGGUACGUAAUUAGGUACACAUUUGUGGUGCAGCCUUACAUAGAUGUGUGCUCCGUUCAUCUUUGAAAAUACACAUUCCGACACUUAUCUAGCCUUAGGUGGGGGAGGGGCCCGUUGAUAACAAAAAAUUGGUAGCCCAAGGUAAUCGUGACCUCUUAUUGGCGUUCGUAGUUACGUGUACAUUUGCGAUUAUUUUAGGGUACACUGUGAUAGCGUUACUGUUAACGACUGUGUGAUUGUUUAGCGCAGACCAAGGAUACGGUUUUUUUUAUAUGUAUAUUUUAUUUGCCGCGCCGCAUUUUUUGGACGCGGCUUGUAGUUUUAUUUUCGGUUAUUUUUAGGAUGUAAGUGAGUUAAAAACAAUAAUCGAACCCCGAAACUUAUAGGAAAAUCCUUUGGAACGAGAAAUAAUAAUUAUAACAUUUUCAUAUCCAUAUGCUAUAAAUCAUCUCCUUAUGUUGCGUUAUACUCCGAGAACCCGUCCCCAAAGGCCCAUCACUGCUCAAGUCUCCAAUUCCGAACAGCGAUCAUGAUUUCGAUGUUUGGUCAAACAAGUGUUUUCAGCAACUUUCUUUUGUUUGGGGCGAAAAGUUGAAAAGUUUGCUCACGAAUAGGUUGCCUCGGUCAAGACAGCGUCUGGUGACGUCAUUGAUUCUCUUUUGAAUUAAUUGUAGGUAAAAAAGUCACUGAUUUAAAUUCGCCUUAUUACUAGUUGAAUUUUUUAUGCUAUAAAUGAAUUUAUAAACAUAGAACAAAGAAGGAACUGAAAUUAUCCGUUUCGAACCAAGGAUUUCCUGCACUUGCGCCUAAAGUCCCCUGUUCAGAGCGGCACAGAUGGCAUUUUAAGAGGUGAUUUAAGCGUCAUUUUAGACUAACGCGCCAGGAGGGAAUUUUGAAUUAUAACCGGGUUUACAGUUAUUAAUAUUCCAAUGUGGUUUUGCUAUAAGGUGGGUUCGAUAUAUUUUUUAAAUGAUUCCUUUUUAUGCUCUGAAUAUUUUUCGAUUGUUCCUUUUAAGUUUGUAUUGGUGCACACGCUCACAAAGACCGCACAAGUUCACCUUCCGCCUUCAGUUUCUUGACAGGAGGCGUUUUUGUCUUGGCAAGUGCAUUUCGCUUUACGUUCUAAGAAUUAAAGUUUGUAUCUGUAAUACCACACACACACCUUACCUCAUUAUGUGUUAAAAAUUAAAUAAUUAUUGUUGAAGACAAUAUAUACUUAUAUAUUUA